AUGGCGGAGAAGUUGCAAGGAUCUGACAACCCUCGAGAAGGCCGGGAGAAGAUCAAGAGAAACAUCCUGAGGUACACCAAGAAGGCAUGGGCUCCUCUGGAUGAACAGCUAUAUGCUGACCCCAAGGAGGAAAGCCAGACUGCCACCAUCCCCCUGCUGGAAGAUUCCAAGCAGGAAAGUAUCCAGCAGUGGCUGGACUCUGGAUUUUUUGUCUCUGUAAAUGAAAACUUUCAGCAAGUCAUCAACCAUACUGUUUCUUUGCAUGAUCAAGGAAUGGUUCAAAUGACUGUGAAAGACUACAUGAGAUCUCUCCACCAGUUUUUAGAAACUCCUACCCUAUCAAGAGGGACCAGUUUCAAUUCUUGCCAUGCUACUGCAAGUGUACCACAAAGCAUUCCUGAAUGGCUGGAAUUUUGGGAAAAAGAUCCUGUGGAGAUUCUCUUGGAUCUAGGUUUUGGUGCUGAUGAGCCAGACAUCUGCACACAAAUCCCAGCCAGAUUCCUUCACUGUGGCUCAGCAGUCAGAGGAAUUGACAGCCAUGUUUUCCUUGAAGCUCAGAAGCAGCGGAUGCACCUUGAGAACCCUGACUUGUAUGGCCAUUUCCGACAGCUGGAAGUACUGGACCAUGUCACCAGUGCCUUCUCAUCUUUGCUGAAUGAUGUUAACACUCUGCAGAACAAAGCUGAAGAAAACGCUGGAGGACACAGAAUGAACACAACCUCAGUGAGUGGGGUCAAAGAGCGUCAAAGAAGAAUGAGUAAACUUUUCCAAAGAGCUUUGAGACAGAGCAUUGGGAGGAACUACUACACAGAAACAUCAGAAUCAUUCAAGAUGAAGGAUGGAGUUUUCAUCUCUUCUACCAAACCACAGGAAUAUGGAGCAGAGUUAUCAGCAGCCUCAAUCAGUCACAACCAAAGUCACCGGUCUCCUUUAGCAGAAUGUCAUUCUGUCUAUUCUGGCUUGAUACCUUGCCACCCUCCUCAACCUCCUUUGAGCAAGCAGUGGUGUUGUUCAUCUAUGCUGGUCACACAAGCUUCUCCUUCCUGUGAGUCGAAAGAGUCAGUGAAAGACGGAACUCAGAAAGAAAACUCGAUUCACACCAACAAGCUCAAACACUUGUCUCAACUUGCGAGUAAAACACCAGACUCCUUUGAAAUGGAAGAGAUCCAGAGCUUUGAGGAGGAGACUGGUAACCCUCUUGACAUGACUUCAGGAACUGUAGGCACCAGGAUGGACAGAGCCAACAGUUGUCAGUCUGACAGCAGUGGGUUUUUGGAGGAGCCAAUGGAACCCCUGCCCCUCCAGUUGCUUUCCUUGACAAGCAGCGAGAGUCAUACUGAGAAUGGAGAUAAAAAGCCAUGGGAUCAGAGCCACAGCUCACUGUCAUCCCAGGACUGUCAGCAAGAGUGUAAAGGGUCUGAUUCCAAGAGGAUGGCGAGCUCAUCCUUUUCAAGCCAAGACUGGAGUGUUUUGGAAGAAAAGGCCUCAGCAUCUGUGGUGAAGGAAGAGUCUCAGCUUGAGGCCACACAGGGGCCACCAGAGCUGUUGAUUCCUGAUAUGGCCCUUGCCAAGGCCACCACUUGGGGAGAACACCCAUGGGAAGACAGCCACCUGCAGCAGCCCUCACGAACACCUGAUGCUGAAUAUGAGGGUGUUGGAGCCAUAGUCAUUUCCAAAUUUGAUGGCCCUCUGGGGUUUAUGGUGACCCACACCACAGAAGAGGAGGAAAGGUCUCUGAGGCCUGAGGGGACUAGGGAAGUCCUCAUGCAAAAGCACCCCUGUGAGUCUCAAAGGCCAUCUGGAAUUGAUCAGAGUCAAGACAGGUCCCCUCGAGAGGACUGUGAUGACCCAGGAGCAGAGGAGAGCCACAAACUCUGUCCUGACACCAGUAACAUAUUACUGUCAGAAGAGAGACCACCACAGCAUAUUCUCAGGCACAGAGAAGUCACACCUUAUAGAGUUGACCUUGUUCAAACACCUGACAAGUCCACUUCUGACCUCAAUAAACUGCCUGGAGAUGCUCCCAGGGACUCAAGUGCUGGCUGCUCCAGGUCUGUGACAACCCAGAUGUCCUCCAAACUGAUGUCAGCUGCUCAAAGUGCUGUGGCCUUGGGCAUGGAUUAUAGAAGAACAGAUAUAGAAGGUACUCUGUGUGACCCUAUGACUGUAACAGAACUGAGACAGGAGACAGAAACAAAACAGGUCAGUGAUGUUUCUGUUCAGACUUACACAUAUGAAUGUGAACCCUGCCAUUGCUGUAUAUCUCCAGGUAAUGAAGCCUUCACUCACAGACCCAAGCUGCUCACCAAAUCAGUCUCUCUGGACACAAGUUUCCCUAGUGUUGACCCAAUGGGCACUCGCCCCACCACACCCACCCACUGCUGUAUCUGCUGUCAUCACCAUUUCCACAGCCAUGAGGAGAGGCCAUGCACCAGCCCUGCACCCUGUGUGGGCAGACAUUGGCUGUGUCCACAUGCAAAACAUCUGGAAGCCAAGUUCACAAAGACCUUGAGAGUCCUUCAGGACACAUUCGUGAGGGAGCUGUGUUCUUGCACCGUCCAUGACUUGGAAGCCAUGAAGAUGAUAUGCCAGAGUUUCCGGGAGCAUUUAGAGGAAAUUGAACAGCACCUUCUGGGGCAGCAAACACUCUUUUGCAGGGACAUGUCAGAGGAGGAAAGGGAGGAGGCUGAGCCACUUCAAACUUUACGUGAGGCCCUGAGGCAGCAGGUGGCAGAGCUGGAGUUUCAAUUAGGACACCGGGCUCAGCAACUCAGAGAAGGGAUUCUCUUGCAGCUGGAGCUUCCCACAGGUGAGACAUGUGAACACUGUACAAGUCUGCAACAAUACAACUGGCCAGAAGAAAACCAUGGCCAGACUUCAGAUGCUGGCACCCAGCCCACCAUCGCCCCUGAACCUGCCUUUCCUCCCAGUGGGGGCCAGCAGAUUCCCUGCUCAGGCAUGAUACAUAUGGCUGUCCUUGCUGCACCGGACUUAGAGACCAGCGCCAAGAUGUCUCCCCUACCACCAGCUUGGGCAGAGUCAGGUCCAGCCUGUACCUCACAUUGUUCUGCUGGAGAAAAGGAUAUAAAUGUCCUCCUCUAGAUCAGAGCUCAUUUGAUGGCCUUUGUGCAAAAUGGAAGAGUCCAGAAUAGUUGUAGCAAGGAAAUCUAGAUCUUCCCCUCGAAAUGUCUACCAAUCAUUCAUCAGCCAUGUUUUUCAUACUCUACUCUAUGAUUAAAGUUGGAGGAAUUCAGAAUAUUUUAAUAUUCAGUCACUAUAGAAUAAUUAAUCAUCUAGUAUGUACCUGACAUAGAAUGUACAUUGGUAUACAGGCUCUGUGUUGCUAGGGUUUGAUGGGAAGACAGAAUAUACACUUGAUCUUAGACAAAAGGCCGAGAAGCAAUGAAGACAGAAUAUAAACACAUAACAUGCAUUUAUCAUCAAAAUCUGGGAAAGUGCUUUGAAGACAAUGACCAGGUUUUAUGAAAGAGAACAGAGUGGGGUGUCAGAUUCAGACAAGGUGUCCGGAGGUCCUGCCUGGGGAAAUGAUGAGGGAAAACAGGAUACAGGCUUUAGGGUACCAGACUGUCCAAAGCCGAAUCAAUUGGCCCAUGAAAGUGCUGAUGAAGCAGCUAUUGUGUUCCAGGGAUUCUGCCUCUACUGUAGGCAGCUCAGGGCAUGACAGAAGAAUGUGUAUUCAUUGAGAUUUGGAUGAGCAAUGAGAGAAAAAUAACAAUAAGAUAAUUUCAAUACUGACAGUGCUGUGGAGAAGCCAAUGUGAUGAUAUCACAGAGGGUGACACGGGCUAUAUUAGGGUGCUUGGAGAAGUAAAGGAAAGCCCUUUGAGAAAACCCUGAGUGGUGAGGAAGAGAGAGCCAUGGGGAAUUCUGUGGGAAAAGCAUAAGAAGCAGAAGAAAUGGAAGGUUUACAGGCCUGGAGACAAGAGAAGGGAGCCGUGCUGCUGAGUACAGUGGGUUAUGGGGUAGAGAGAGUGAAAAUCUGAGAGAUGAGGUGGCCCAUUCUAGGCCAUAGCCAAGAGUCUGGUAGCUUAGAUUCUUUUUCCAGUGUGAAGGAAAGCCAUUGUAGGUUUUAAGCAGGGAUAUCACAUGAUCUAAUUUGCCUUUUAAAAUUGCACUUGCUCCUUGGGGAGAAAACACCAUUAAGACCCACAGGGAGCCAGAGAUCCCAGGUAGGAAGGAGGCUGUAGCUACAAUCCCUCUGGAGAUGAGUGAAAGCUGCUGAGUUACUCCCAUCACGUGGAAGCCACAAGGCUCCUACCCCUGUGAAGUUGUAGGGUAGUGUAUAUAAAAUCCAAAGAUACUGAGUCUCUGAAGAAUGGGAAAUAGAUGAAGAGCAGAAUAGUCAGAAAGUGCAGUGGAAAAGUAAUGCCUUGAGGGAAGUUUAUAAUUUGUAUGAGAGGAUGGGCAGGAAGAGGUCUUUUCCUAGCAAGGAGCCUGACAUAAUUCCUUUCGAAACUGACUCCUAACAGAACAAAUCUCAUAGACUGUUUUCAUUCUUCAUUCUCCUUUAUUUUUGGAAAUGACUCCAGGGAGGCUCUACUUCCCUUGGGGCUAUCCCACUGUUUCCUUCAUUGACUGAAACCCCUUGGGAUGUGGAAAGCCCCAUUCCAUCCUUAAUUCUAUAUUUUUCUCUCCCCAGAGAAGACAUGAUAACCUUUUCAAUAUAACCAUUCACCUUGUAGGCAUCUAUUCCCCCAAUCUCCAUCUCCCUCCCAAAUCCCAGAUCAGUGUUAGAACCUGGGCAACACAGUCUGAGCCACCAGACUGCCUUGUCACCUCUGAUCCUUGACCCUGAUACCUCAGAAUCAGCCACCAGGUCACUGCUUAAUUUGCUGGCAAGGUGGUUUCCGGAAGUUCCACGAGAGUGUCGGCUACCUGGUGACACCACAACAUAGGCUCCUAAUUCCUCUAGAUUCCUUCUCUGUGAACUACACUGGCAUCCGCAAAACUGGUCUCCCUCAAGCUGGUCUCCCUCAGGCAGCACAUGGGACAUAUUUCCUUGACCUAAGGUAAGGACCCAGCAAGUACUGUUAGGAUAUCCCAGAAUGUUAGAGAGAAAUCACAGGAUCAUAUUCUCCAGAGCGAUCUUCCCUUAAAAUGCCUUCUCCCUGCCUGGAAUCAUUAUGUAACCCUCUUUGUUUCCCACUGACUCUUUUCUCUUUGCCACAUCCCUCUCUUGACUCCUACAUCAUGGCUGAACUUCCCGUUCCAAACUGGCUUCUGACAUAUUGCAUGGUACUCACCAAAUCACUUCCCUUUCUAAACUUCUUAAACUCUACCUUGAUCUGACUUUUUUACCUCCAUUUUCUAUGAGUCUUUGAACUUGUGUGAGGUUUUUACCUGCUUCUUCUCCAUACCAUCUGCUUAAUGAAGAGAACUACCUGGCGCUGGGCCCUCCCUAACUUGGCUGCCAUCUGUUUUAGAGUCUCAUAUCUGACUCUGCCUUCAUGUGAUUCUUAAAUGCUCUUCCUCUAAACCACCUCAUGUGAUCCUGUUCCCUUUCUUUGCUAACUAACCCAUGUGAAGUCAGUUCUGCCCUCUUUAUCUACAGGUUCUACAUCCUUAGAUUCAACCAACCACACACUUCUUUAUCAUCAUCCCCUAAACAAUA